AUUUAAUUAGUAUUAUAAAAAAUUAUGUCCAAAUUAAAUAAAAUUAUAUCAAAAUAUUUGUGUUAAUUAAUUAGUACUAUCUGCGUAAAAAUAAUGACCAAAUAAUCAUAAUGAAAUUAAUUGAUUUUGAAAAAAAAAUACCAAAUACUCUUUUGCCUCCCGGCCAUUGUGACCAAACUCUCGUUCCCCGAGCUCUCAUCCCCUGAGGCUGUAAAUAAAGGAGGCGUGUUAUUUGCCGCCCGUGUCUUUACUAUUUGCCACUAGUAAAUUAAACUAAAAUUACAUUUUUACCCUCCACAAUUUCUUUAUAUUCUAUUCUUUGGUUUGGUUUUUUAAACUAUCCACACUCAUCGUAGCCUCACACCACCACCCGACCACCAACCCACAAUCACCAUAGCCGUAGUCACGGCCACCGGACGGCAGCCUAAGUCGCCGGCCACCAGAGGGCAGCCGUCAAACAGCAUCGUCGGACCAGCGAAUGAGGUAAACUCCUCCUGUAACUAUUUUGCCCCGUCCGACGACGGCGAGCGGACCCUGUCCGACCGGCUCAGGCGGACCUAGUCCGAUCCCGGCGAGCGGACAGUGACCGACGCCAGCGAUAUUUUUUAUUUUUAUAUAUAUUUAUGUUAUUAUUAAUUCUAGAGCUAAUAAUUUAGAUUUAAUUUAUUGCUUUUAUUUUUAUUUUACUCAGUUAAUUCCGUAUGUAGUUUUAAUUAAGCGAUUGUGUUUUGUUGUAGCGCUAAUUAGUUUAUUAUGUUUAGAUUUAAUUCGUAGAGCUAAUUUGGUUCGAUAAUUUAUAUUUAAUUAAAUUUCUUAUCGUCAAAUUAUCGUUAUUUUGUAGAGUUAAUUAAAUUAUUGCAUUUAGUUUAAUUUUGUAGAGUCAAUUGAAGCACAAUUAAUUUAAUUAAGUGAUUGUGUUUUGUUGUAGCGCUAAUUAGUUUAUUGUGUUUAGAUUUAAUUCGUAGAGCUAAUUUGGUUUAAUAUUAUAUUUAAUUAGAUUUAUUAUUGUCAAAUUAUCGUUAUUUUGUAGAGUUCAUUAAAUUAUUGCAUUUAGUUUAAUUUUGUAGAGUUAAUUGAUUUUAGUAUUAAUUGAUUCAUUAGUUAGUUUAGUAGUGUUGAGUCAUAUAAUUUGUAUCUUUCUAACGAGUUGUAAAAUCAUAAUUGCAGGUGGACAUGGCUUACAAUGUUGAACUAAAUGGUGAUUACACAAACUAUUUUCUCAAUGGCGUCCAAUAUGACAAUUUCGAAGAUGCUAUAACAGUGACCAAAAACAUCGCGAUGUCUCUUGGGUUCUUUCUAAUUAAGGGCUCGAUGAAGCCACGUGAGUUGCGCAACAAAAGAGUAUUGGGUAUGUGUUAUAUGUAUUGCGACAGAUGCAGUAGGGAGAGGAAGUCAUACAAGCCGGAUCCUUCCAAGGAGAGUCGUGGCAAUACAAGUUCAAAAGAGUCUAAUUGCAUGUUCAAGGUUAAAAUCAAAGAACUACUUGUUGAUCCAGAUGCUCUUAGUGGAUCUUCAUUCUGGGAGAUACAAGAAGUGAGGGAGCAAGAAACCGGUUUAAGGCGAGGGUAUCACAAUCAUGAGAAGAUGCUUUAUCCGGAGGGCCACAGUCAAAUGAAGAAAUUCAGUCAGGAGGAUAAAGAAUCUCUGAAGCAGAUGAGAGAUGCUGGAGUACGUCCGUCGCAACAGAAGCAGACAAUAAAUAUGCAGAAGGGUGACAAAGGGCAUCACACCAAAAGGCAAAUGUAUAACCUCGGGUCCAAAUCUAGGAAAGACGAGUUGGGCGAGAUGAAUGCAGUGCAGUAUGCGUUGCAAGCAGCUGAACGUGAGGGUUAUUAUAUAGAGGUUAAGAAGGAAGAUAACGAUGUGCUUACCCAUCCUUUUUUUGCCCAUCCAACUUCCAUCUAGAUGUUGAAGGCUUGGUCGUACGUGAUUCUGAUCGACUCAACGUAUAAAACCAACGCGUAUAAAAUGCCGUGGGUGGAGGUCGUAGGUGCUACUCCCGUUGGGAAGAAUUUCAACAUAUGUUGUGCUCUCAUGAAGGAGGGGACAAAAGAGGCGUAUCAUUGGCUGUUGGAGUGCAUAAAACAAUUGCUUCAUCCACGCGUGCCCACUGCCAUCGUCACCGACCACGGAGGUGGACUACUUGCUACAGUUUCUUUGGUCUUCCCCCACACCCCGCAUUUGCUAUGUGUUUGGCACAUCAACACUAAUGUGCAGAAGAAUUUUUUGGAAAUAUUUGGGAAGGAUAGGAUGGAUUUGGUCAACGAGGCUUACGAUCACGGUUGGUGUCUUAUGCUUUAUUAUUGGUCCGAGCAAGGUAUGUUGGCCGCAUUUGGCCGCUUUAGGGCAAGAUGGAGCAAUUAUGAACCACGUCUGUUGCAACUUGCAAUACAUACAGGGAGUAUGGUUGCAACAUCGAGAGAAGUGGGCAGUUUGUCAUACCAAAAAUGUGUUUCAUCUAGGAAAUACGAGCACAAACAGGGUUGAGUCGUCACAUUCCGCAUUGAAAACUUUCCUCCACAACUCGCGGGGGGUCUAUGGACACUGUAUGGAAAGGAAACCACCGCUACAUUACUAACCAACUCGGGGAGGUUAGGAUGAUGUUGGAAAACUCUUGACAGAAAACCCUUUCACCUUCCGACGGUACACCCUUCACAUACUUGACAAGGAAGGUCAGCAUGUAGGCAAUUAUAUUGAUGAAGGAGGCUGAAGAAGAUUUGGCGGCCCGUUUGAAAAAAAAUGAGAACUCCCGAUGUGCUUGUCAUUUCUCUAUGACACACGGCUUGAGGUGUGGAUGUCAGGUUAUGGAUGGCAGAGCGCGAGACAUAGAGAUAUACCCAGGUGAUCUUCAUAUAUAUUGGCGGACACUGACAUAUGAGCAUCCACCCAAUGCCUAAGAGUACGUGCCCCACGAGGAUGAGGCUAAAUGUCACGUUCAGGAGUUGGUUAAUGAGGCUGUACGUAGAGGACCAGAGGCAACAAAAAAAGCAUUAAAGAACGUGUUUCGCGGACUCCAUCCAUCGGAAGACAACAUUCACUAGCCAGAAGUGAACGAAUUUAGAAGGGGACGACCGAACAAAAAAUCAAUUGAAAGAACUAAAGGGUGCUUUGAUAAGAUACUGCGUGGUAAGAAGAAAAACAUGAAAAGAAGUCGGGAAGCACAACGUCGGGGUCUACAAGGUCGACCAAUACCAAGUCCACGGGGACUCAGAUAGACGAGUACCCGUCAAACGACCAGGCAUUUGAUGAGCGUGAUGAUCCCGAAGAAAACUACAAAUACAACGGUCCUGAUACA